AUGGCCGCAGGUGAGACCGAGGCCCCGCCCCCUUCAGCUGGCCCCUCCCCCAUGCCGGGACCCCGCCCCCUUUCCCUCCCGGUGACCCCUCCCCCCACCCCGUGUGCCCUCAGGUACGGCCAUGACACCCUCAGGUGCGACCCCGGAACCCUCAGGUGUGACCCCAGGUACGGCCAUGACACCCUCAGGUGCAACCCUGAAACCCUCAGGUGUGCCCCCAGGUACGGCCAUGACACCCUCAGGUGCGACCCUGAAAUCCUCAGGUGUGCUCACCUGUCCCUGGUGGGCAACCAGGUGAGCCCCUGGCAUGCCCAGGUGAGCCCCUGGAGUGCUCAGGUGAGCUCCUGGUGCCUCCAGGUGACCUCACCUGUCUCCAUUGGGUGCCCAGGUGAGCCCGUGGAGGGCCAGGUGCGCCUGGCCGGGGGCCCGCACAGGUGCGCCGGGCGCGUCGAGGUGUUCCACGCGGGCAGGUGGGGCUCGGUGUGCGACGACACCUGGGACCUGGCGGCCGCGCGCGUCACCUGCCGCCAGGUGCGCUGCGGCCCCGCCCUCUGGGCGCCGGGGGCGGCGCAGUUCGGGCAGGGGGCGGGGCCCAUCUGGCUGGACGGGCUCAGGUGCGCGGGCACCGAGGAGCACCUGGCGCAGUGCCCCGGGCACACCUGGGGGCAGCACAGGUGCAACCACGCCGAGGAUGCGGGAGCCGCGUGCGCAGGUAACCCCCAGGUAACCCCGACCCUCACCUGUGCCCAGUGCCCCCAGGUGCCACCCAGUGCCCCCCGGUGCCCCAGGUACCCCAGGUACCCGCCCACACACCUGUCCAGGUUGCCCCCAGUGUCGGCGGUGCCGGCCCCGCCCCAGGUGCGCCUCUCAGGUGCGCCCGACAGGUGCGCGGGGCGGGUGGAGGUGCUGCGGGCGCACCUGUGGGGCACCGUGUGCGACGACACCUGGGGGCUGCGGCAGGCGCGGGUGCUGUGCGCGCACCUGGGCUGCGGCCCCGCCCUCGAGGCGCCAGGUGCGGCCAGGUACGGCCGGGGGGCGGGGCCCAUCUGGCUGGAUGACGUCACCUGCACGGGGGAGGAGCCAGACUUCUUCAGGUGCGCGCACCGGGCGUGGGGGGAGCACAACUGCCACCACGGGGAGGACGCAGGUGUGAUCUGCGCAGGUAACUCCAGCUCAGGUGCGGUGCGCCUGGCGGCCGGGCCUCACCUGUGCGCAGGUAGGGUGGAGGUGCUGCACGAGGGGCGCUGGGGCAGCGUCUGCGACCGCGGGUGGGACCUGAGCGACGCCCAGGUGGUGUGUCACCAGCUGGGCUGUGGCCGGGCGCUGUCGGCCCCGGGCGGGGCGCGGUUCGGGCGUGGCUCCGGCCAGGUGUGGCUGAGCGACCUCACCUGCGCGGGCAGCGAGCGGCACCUGGGGCAGUGCCCCGCCCCCCCCUGGGGCAGGAACACCUGCGGGCACGAGCGGGACGCGGCCGUGGAGUGCGCAGCCCCGCCCCCCUCACCUGCGCCGUCCCCCCCUCCCCAGGUGCGCCUGGCCGGGGGCCCGCACAGGUGCGCCGGGCGGGUCGAGGUGCUGCACCUGGGCAGGUGGGGCUCGGUGUGCGGGCGCACCUGGGACCUGGCGGCCGCGCGCGUCACCUGCCGCCAGGUGCGCUGCGGCCCCGCCCUGGCCGCACCCGGGCGUGGCGCGUUCGGGACAGGUGAGGGCCCGGUGUGGCUGGGCCGGGUGCGCUGCACAGGUGAGGAGCUCACCUUGGACAGGUGCGAGCACGGCGGCUGGGGGGAGAGCGGCUGCGGGCACGAGGAGAACGCGGCGGCCGUGUGUGCAGGUGCGGAUCCCCCCCAGGUGCGGCUGCGGGGCGGGGCCGGGCCCUGCUCGGGGCAGGUGCAGGUGCUGCUGAACCGCACCUGGCUGCAGGUGUGCGGCCUCACCUGGGGGCUGCCCGAGGCGCAGGUGCUGUGCCGGCAGCUGGGCUGCGGCCCCGCCCUCAGCGCACCUGCGGGGCCGCACCUGGACGAGCAGCGACCUCACCUGGCGGGACAGGAGCCUCACCUGGCCCAGCCUCACCUGGCCGAGCCUCACCUGUCGGAGCCUCACCUGGCCCAGCCUCACCUGUCGGAGCAGCCCCACCUGGCGCAGGGGCAGCUCUACCUGUCCGGCCUCACCUGUGACGGCUCCGAGGCGCACCUGGCCGAGUGCCUGCAGGAGGGGGCGGGGCCGGGCACCUGCGCAGGGGGGGCGGCGGCCGAGCUCAGGUGUGAGAUGCCCAAAGGUGCUGCCCCCUCCUGCUCCUACCUGGUGGCGCUGCUGGUGCUGAUGACGUCACUGGGCGGGGCCCUGCUCUGGCUCACCUUGCGGGCCAGGUGUGUCCCAGCUCACCUGGACGCCCCAAGGGCCCCCGGCGCCAUUUACCUGCCCAGGAGGAGCUCACCUGGCCAGGGGGAGGAGCUGCAGCUGAUGGACGACGCCCCCUGA